UGGUCCUGCGCCACAUUAAGGUCCUGUGUUUUGAGUAAAAAAGGUCCAACCCCCUCAAAGCCAUACAUACAUUUAAACAUCAGACUAUAUAUACAUAUAUAUAUAUUUUUCUUCUGUUUGUCAUUCAGGUAAAAGCUGAGUUAAAAAUAAAAACCAGUGUCUUGUCUCUCUUAGGGACUGUGUGCCUCCAUCUUCACCAGAUGUGGUUGGCUCCUCCCAGACAGCUUACUAAAACAUUCCAGCCCACCUCUGGGAAUCUGCUGGCUCCUCCACACUCACUCUCUCACAAGUCCAGUCCAAAUUUUACAGGAGCUAAAGAGACACAAAAUGAGAGGACUUGUUGUCUUGGCUACUUUGGCCUGCUUUGCCACCGCUCAGCACCAAGCACUGAUUGACUACUUGGAGCGGAGGCUGCUCGCUAUUGAGGACCGGAUCUCUCUGUGGCACGAACAGACCGCCCGCUACGCCUCCGAGCUGCGGGAGCUGAAGCAACAGAUGGUUUCCCAGCUGGAGAACCUGGAUAAAGAGAAAGAGGCACUGAGGAUGAAUCUGGACGGCGUGGGAACGAGGGUGGACCGGGUCGAACGUGAGCUGGACUACCUGGAGACUCAGAACGGAGCUCAGCCGUGUGUGGACGUGGACGACAAGCUGAUAGAGCAGCAGGUGACGCUGGUGGAGGAGAAGCAGAAGGCCAAGUAUUCAAAACUAUCGGACUGCAGCGACAUGAUCUCCAGCAUAAAAGCCAUGAAGAUCUUGAAGCGAGUCGGAGGGCCAAAGGGCAUGUGGACCAGAGACACCAGCAGGGGCUCUGGGAAGAUCUACAUCUUUAACGGGACAGAUGAAGACACCAUCCAUGAGUUUGCCUCCGUGCAAGACUUCGCCCGCUCGCUGGGCCUGUCUCUGUCCAAGAACGUGAAGCUGCCGUCUGCCUGGAGGGGAACGGGACACGUUGUGUUCAACAAUCACGCAUAUUAUAUAAAUCAGGUUGAAGAGAUAACGGUGGUUAAAUAUGACAUGAAGAACAGCUCCGUGACAGACAGCGUAGUGUUCCCAGUGCAGGACCACGUCCCAGUGUACGGCCUGACCCCCGAGACGGUGAUGGACCUGGCUGUGGACGAGGAGGGCCUGUGGGCCAUUUAUGCCACGCGACAGAACGAGAGGUACAUCUCUCUGGCAAAGAUGGACGUCAACUCGCUGGACAUGGAGCAAAUGUGGGACACAAACUGUCCGAGAGAGAACGCAGAGGCGGCUUUCGUCAUCUGUAGCACUUUGUAUGUGGUGUACAACACCAAGCAGCCCGGCCGCUCACGUGUCCAGUGUGUGUUUGACGUCAACGGUAUGGUGACCAACGACGACGCGCCACUGAUUUACUUUCCAAAGCGUUACGGAGCUCACUCCAGUGUGAAGUACAACCCACAGGAGCAGCUGCUCUACGCAUGGGAUGAUGGCUACCAGAUCUUGUACAAGCUCAUCAUGAAAAAGAAACUAGAAAUUUGAGCUAAAUAAAAAACCAUCCACCCACAACUUCCACAAAAACAUACCCCCUUAAAGUACCUACCGGUGUUUUAACUAGAAAUCAUGUGUAGUUUAUAUUACUGCUGACCAUUGUUAAUGUAUGAUGUAGAAUUUCAGAUUUCUGAACGUGCCACCGGUUUCCGUACGGUAUAAAAAUCAAUCUUGAAACUUACUUAAGGUACAGCAAUUUAGCGGCAUGUAGUGGUGUGGUUGCAGAUUGCAACCAACUGAGUACCCCUCCGCUCACUCCUCCCUGUUUAAGACUGUGGUUACGUGAGCCGCAGAGUGCAAAACCGUGGUAACACCGUUCACCUCGCUCAGAGGCGAUCCUUAGCAUGAUAACACUACUUUAGGAGCAACGGAAAUCAGACGACAGCUGGAAGUACCAUGGUUUUGCACUCUGCAACCUCAGUUGUCAGUUUCACAAGCGCGUCAGAGAACUACGGUGGCCUUUAGGUAACGUAAAAACGUGAAAGUCUCUCUCUAGAGCCGGUGUUCGGUUUGUCCGUUCUGGGCUACUGUAGAAAGACGGCGGAGCAUGAGCAUCUUCACUCCGUGAAGAGGACCUGCUCCCUAUGUAGAUAUGAAGGACUCAUUCUAAGAUAACAACAACAUGUAUUAAACAACGUUUCAUUAUUGUGAUGUAUAACAGUUUUAAGUCGUGACUCUUUUGAAAAUUCAACAAUUAUAGAACAUUUUCUAAAAAUUAGUGCAUUGUGACAACAAGUCAAGCAAGUCUCAAGAGUCUGCAACUGGAUUUUCAUACCAUAGGGAAAUGAAUGGACAACAACGGAGGGUAUGAAAAAUAGAUUCAAAAGUCUAAAGCACUCCAGCAUGGAGGCCAAAUGGUCAGCAGUGAGGUGAAUUAUUCAUGAUUUGUAGUAAAUCGGCUAAACAUUCAAUAACACCGGUAUGGCUUUGAGACUGAAUCUCCAAAAGCCUAAAAAGGUUCAAAAGGUGCUGGAUUAUAGAGCUAUAUCUGUGUUUCACACUUUUAUAUGUGAACAAAUUUCCACACUUUGAAAGGUAUCAUGUGAUUUCUUUAUCUGAGGCGCAGUCUGUCAUCGCUGCCGAAUACUUAUUUCUAAUCGGACCGCACUGCACUUCUCAGUCACAUCUGUGUCUACUGUCGCGUCAACUUACUGCACAUACCUGUGAUCUUAUGUGUUAAAUCAGCCAAGCACUUGUUUCUUUUUGUUCAUACUGCAAAUAUAGAACACAUUAAAUUAGUAUAAUUAACCAGACGAUUCACUUUAACCUCACAGUCACAGUCUGUCCAUCUUUUUCUGCUUAACAUUUCAUUUUGCUGUCUGAAAACAUUUUGAUAAUAUAAAUCUUGGUAGCAUUGCUGAGUGCAUAAAAGCACGUUUGUUUGUUGUUCAGUUUAAUUCAACCUUAGUUUGUUUUCCCUCCGGUCAUGUGUGCCCUCCUGCAGUCAUUCACCCCAUUGCAUUGUGGGGAAUCAAAGACAAAGAUAACAGUACGUGUUGCAUCUAUAACGAUUCAAUCUAAACACAGGCUUCAGUGUUGCUGAACUAGUCAGUAUAUAAUAUUUCUCAUAUCAUAUAAAAGGCAAUGUCUGGUUCAGAAGAUAACAUUAGAAAUAAACAUUUCUUUAGUUAUGCCUCAAAUUUCAUUUAGCAGCUUUAUUAAUUCAUCAGUCUGUAAACAUUUCUAGUUAAUGUAGUUUGCAGUUCAACAAUGUUGUGGCGGGAAACCUUCAGAGCUUCAAUAAAUAUAAAUAAAUUAAUAAAUAUAUAAAUAUAAUUGGGAUAUUAGGAUACGUGUGAGAAACAGCUAGCUGGCUAGUGCUGUUAUAUUUCUCUGUUUAUGCAUUAUGUGAAUUUUUCCCACAAGUUGAGCACAUACGUAUUUUGUGUUAAAGUUGCAAACAGGCUCCCACACACUGUCUAACUAGCAAUAAAUACAUUUAUUUGCAACGUUUUGCCUGAUGAAACGUUGCAAAUAAAUGUAUUAUUGCAAGUUAGGGUGCGGGUGUCUACUCGUCCCUCUCCUAUAUGCACUUGCCUAAGAAAUAGAAGUGCAAAGUGUUUCAAACCUUUUACUAAAUGAAAUCACCAAAAUUACAAAGCACCACUAUUUUAAUUAUGCCUCAUACAGUAUAAUGUAACCGUUUAUUAAUUUCUAAAUCUAUUCCUAUUUGUGCCUCUAAUUAUUGUUCAUUAUGAAGAUAUAUGGCAAACUACUCAUGUUAACACAAGAAGUCUUCUAUGUGCAGGAUGUGCAGAUACAAAUAUAUUAAAGCCACUAUGUGUAAGAUUUAUACAUUUUAGACGUUGGCGCCCCCCAGUGGUCGCAUCAAAAAAGACACUGUGGCAGAAAGCAAUGCAUUACUUUCUCUGUGAUUUUCUGCGUUUCUGUUACUGUACAUCUUUUCUUGUUUCUUGAAGGUGAACUGCAUUGACUGACAUGACGUCUAUAUACGGCGUGACUAAUAAAAACGUAUUUAGUUGGAA